AUGACGGGGAUCGGCGUGGCGGCAACUCCUUCCUACUUUCGGUGCGUCGAAUUGACUGUUGUGUGUCGUGGUCGUAGUCACUGCGUGGACACCAACGGGUAUCAAAACCUGCCCAUCGAGAGACGGAUCGCAUCUCACAUCGCCGUGCCGAGCUUGGCGACAGUCACGAUGCCCCGCGCACUCCAAUACCGAACCAAACUGGCGAUCAUUCGGCGCCGUUUACAGAGGCGGGUCGACAAGCGACAGCGAGAGAGGUCUGAAUCGCCCAACCAACCCGGUAACGAUACCCCAUCCCAGCGACCGCGUCACGCAGACCCGGUAGAGGUAGACGACGAUGCUGCGUUCGCCGAUAUUCCCUCCGGUUCCGGAGAUUUCGACCAAGGUAGCGACUUCGGCGACGAUUGGGAACCGCAGGCUGUAACCGACUUUGACGAGAACGAACUUGCCCAUGCGCUAGUCGAUGCUGCAAUCGAAGAAGACCACGUCGUUUAUCCCGACCCCGACCCCGACACUGGCGAAUACCAGGUUGCCGACGAUGCGCCACUGCAGUCGGAGUUACGGGCAUUGGCCGAGUACCAAUACAUUGCUGAUACCGUCGAGGAUCAGGACGACGAGGUCGAUGCCACAGAUGCCGAGGAUGUUGCCGACGAGAUCGCCGUUGCUACGCCUUGGCAGGCGUAUCACCAGUAUGGCGAGGAUAUGACGGAUCCUUUCGCGGCGUCGGAGUCGAUCAAGCAACCCCGCAAGAUCCAUGGACUGUCUGACUUCGCCCUUGGCUGGGGCCUCUACUGCAUCGUGAAUGGCGUGUCACGAAAGCAGUAUGCCACACAGCUAGAGCUCUUCAAAUUGCUCGGUCGUGACGCCGACAAAGUUAACCGGCUACCCGACAGUCUCGAUACGCUCAAGCGUCACGUCCGCGAAUCGUUGCCGCACAUCGAUAUGAGAACCGUCAAGGACCUGCCACUCAACCCCAAGAAGCUCUCCUCGUCACGCCAGGUGACCGCCAUGACGACGGGUGAGAACCCUACACAGGACCUCUUCUUCCUAAACCCUGUAGAUUUCCUCAGCCGUAUCGAAGGUUCGCAACUGGCCAAGGGCAUGCACUAUGGUCUAGCCGACCUCGUCGAUAGCCCUAUCGAAGCCUGGCAUUCCAUGCAGUGGGCUGGUUCAGUGCGUACCACUAGCGGCGUCUUUGUCUGGUACCCGCCGCUUCCAGCCAGCCCAAAGGACCCGAUCUUCCCCGGCGACAUCGUCGACUUCGAGUGCACAUUCCGCGACUGCAGGCACUGUCACAGUGCAGAUGACACGUCAAAGCCUCACGUCGGCCAAGUUAUGGCAGUAUACCGCGACCGUCGCGACAGCACUCGAGACCUCGGUUUGAUAGCCGCAUCAAACAACAACGUCGACCAGGCUCAGCAGGGUGACGUUGUACUCGUUAUCGCGCGGGUACUCCGUGGCCAUGUUAUCAAGAAUAUCGUUGCGAACCAGGCGAUCGAGAUUAAGACCAACCCAACACGCGACAACGUUACAGACAACGAAUGGGUAUUGAGCUAUAGCCCGAUGGAGCUCGUUCCAUCGGCCAAGAUUCGCGGUCGUCGCACCGAUAUCGGUUUCGAUUAUGCAUUUGGUAGCCAGUUCGGUCGAGAGGUGCUCAUCAACAAGUUCGCUAUUGGCCCUGAACAGGGUCAAGUUCGGUCCCUCCCAUGCUUGGACUUCAAUGACGGCUUCGGCUUGUACCGCACGAUGACGAAGUCGAUUAUGGGUUGUUAUCUGCAGAUUGCAGCGAUGCCGAGAAGCGAGCAUACACGGCAGAUCAACGUCCUGCCGGUUACCCUAGGUCCGCACGGCGCCAACUUCGACGAUGUGAUGAAGGCCCUCGCCCCACUCAAGGCCCUCGACCAGGGCAUCACCGUUGCCAUCAAUGGUGUGGAGACCCUGUUGUGUGCCCCGAUCAUCGCCUUCACUGGCGAUAUGCCGCAGCAACAGGAUAACUCGGGUUGUCUCAGUGUGGCGGCUAACCUGGGCUGCCGUAACUACACGGGCCCAUGUCGAGAUGCUCCGACUACGUCGUGCAAUGGACGACCUGCCUCAGAAGUACCGCAAGCCAGGCGUUUUCGACGAAGCACGGUAUAUCGCUUGACCGUCCUGCAGUUCAACCAGGUUGCGCCAGCACUAGAUCUCAUCAGCGGUCGUCCCGGCGACGCAGCACAUUCCGAGUUCAACGGUAUCACGAAGAUGACUCACCAGAUCCUGAUUGAUGCUGCGUUGAAGCCUGAUGCCGUCGUCGCAUACUCGAAGAUCCUCCGCCAGAUGCCUUUCCCCCCUGGUUGGGCCCGAAUCCAGUCCCCAUAUAACGUACUCAACUACAGUCUGCAGGAGCAUGCGCGAUGGUCGGUUCUGAUGACCAUCAUCUCGCUAUUGUGGUUGACGGAGGCAGAUCUGAAGCGCCCUUUCGUUCAGGCAGUACGGGGUGUUUUCUCGCAAACCGAGCUCACCCGCGGGCAAGCCACCAACACUGAUGUGGCUAUAGCAUCCAAGGUCGAGCACAAGAGCGCUGUCGAGAUACUGACACUGGUGCUAGCGGCAAUCGUCAAGACCAACGAGAUCCUAUCAGCACCUGAACUCGAUGCGAACGACCGCGACCCUGCGACUAUCAUGGACACGAUCCGAAUUAGCCGCCGUAUGUUCCAAUUGAUAUGCGAGGCGGCGUCGCGCUCUACUAACCUUGCUACUGGCGCUGCCGCUGCUGCCGCUGCCCGGCGUCGUGGCUCACUUGCAUCAUCCCGCGCCGGAUCCGUUGCCCCCUCCGCGCCUCGUCCCGCAGCUGGCAACACUAUCGAGCCGGUCAUCGAAGAGGACGAGGAAGCUGUCGACGAUGAUAUCAACAUCGGCCAGCUUACCGUCGCCCAGAAGGCCAGCAAAUAUCGACAGUGGGCGCAGCGUCCGAACGUACAUGUUGGCCUGCACUAUGUCGACGUGUUCCGUCAAUAUGGCUUGGUGUCGUUGAUGAUGGUUCUCCCUGGCGAGUUGAAACACAAGACAUGGGCUUUUCCCGUUCGUGAGGGCGCAUUGGUGCCAACCUUCCUUUGGAUGCUUCGCGAUGCAUACCGGGUGGACUAUGACAAGAACAUUAUUGUGACGACGAACUGGCAUAUCAGGUGGUGGAAGAAGGUUUCGUUUGGAGACGGACCCAUCAGCACCAAACCCAAAGGUGUCCAGCGCUUGGUCUAUCAGCGGGGCCAAUUCGUGAAGUACCGCGACGGCAACGUCGGCAGACUUGAGCAUAUCAUGACGCACGAAGCAGUGCAUGGUUCUGGCCAGUUCUUUGUGUUCUUAGUCAUCACGCCACUCGCCGACACCGGCAGCACCGAGCCCCUGACCGGACUUCCGAUCUUGAAGAUGGCCGCGUCUGGUGCCAACAUUGCCAUGGCGGCUUCGCUCGAGGACUGUCGACACCGACUUAUCGGCCUGCCUGCUCUACGCCGCGAUCGCCUUUAUAUGGUACCUUUCACGACUGGUCCGGGUCGCCGCCUGCUUACAGGCAUCGGGAACACUGAGCUGGAGGCGGAUACCGAGCUACUCUGGGUUAACUGGCGCGUGCAGUUCACUUGA